UUCUUUGAAGGAACAAACAAAUAAACCAGUCCAACUUCACGACUUUUCUCUCUCUGUUUCACUUCGCGUCCUUUCAAGUCCAUAUAGCCAGCUUUUCUUUUUCUCUUCUCUCCAAAAAAACUUAAUUCACAAGCUAUCUUUGUUCAAUUGUAGAGCUUAGCUUAGGGUCCUGUACAGAGCGAAAAACAGAAGAAAGAUGACGACGAUGGGGAGCUUAAUAGGUUUAGUGAACAGAAUUCAGAUGGCAUGUACUGCUCUUGGUGAUUAUGGCGGCGGCGAUAACUCUUUCUCUUCUCUUUGGGAUGAACUUCCCUCUGUUGCCGUCGUCGGUGGUCAGAGUUCAGGGAAGUCGUCUGUGUUGGAAAGUAUAGUGGGACGAGAUUUUCUUCCACGAGGAUCAGGUAACGCCAUUUUGGAUCAAUUCGAUUUUGUUAUAUUAUUGAUGAUCAUUACUGGAUGCUGGUGCAAAAGAUGUGAUUUUUAUACGUUCUUUGCUUUUACAGACCUCGUACGCAGGGAGAUUCAGGAUGAAACUGACAGAGUCACAGGGAAAACAAAGCAGAUUUCUCCUGUUCCUAUCCACUUGAGCAUAUAUUCCCCAAAUGUGGUCAACUUAACACUGAUUGAUUUACCUGGUUUGACCAAAGUUGCUGUUGAGGAGCAGCCUGAGAGUGUUGUCAAAGACAUUGAAGACAUGGUUCAAUCUUACGUUGCAAAGCCCAACUGCAUCAUACUAGCAAUUUCUCCUGCGAAUCAGGAUAUUGCCACGUCAGAUGCUAUAAAACUUUCAAGGGAAGUAGAUCCCACAGGAGAACGGACAUUUGGCGUGUUGACCAAGCUUGAUUUGAUGGAUAAAGGGACUAAUGCUUUAGAUGUUCUAGAAGGAAGGGCUUAUCUUUUGCAAUAUCCUUGGGUUGGAAUCGUGAAUCGUUCACAAGCUGAUAUAAAUAAAAAUGUGGACAUGAUCUAUGCGAGAAGGAAGGAGCGUGAAUAUUUUGCAAGCAGUCCUGACUAUGGGCAUCUGGCUAGUAAAAUGGGUUCAGAAUAUCUUGCAAAACUUCUCUCGAAGCACUUGGAGUCUGUAAUUCUAGCUAAAAUACCGGGCAUCACCUCAGUUAUUAAUAAAGGCAUAGAUGAACUUGAAUCUGAGAUGGACCACCUUGGGAGGCCUAUUGCUGUUGAUGCAGGGGCACAAUUGUAUACUAUCUUGGAACUUUGCCGUGCUUUUGACAAGAUAUUCAAAGAGCAUCUGGAUGGAGGCCGACCAGGAGGUGAUCGAAUUUAUGGAGUUUUUGACAAUCAGCUUCCUGCUGCUUUAAGAAAACUCCCAUUUGACCGGCAUCUUUCAAUACAAAAUGUGAGAAAAGUUGUCUCAGAGGCAGAUGGAUAUCAGCCUCAUUUGAUUGCACCUGAGCAAGGUUAUAGACGGCUUAUUGAGGGAGCACUAAAUUAUUAUAGAGGGCCAGCUGAAGCCUCAGUAGAUGCUGUUCACUUUGUCUUAAAGGAACUUGUGAGGAAUUCAGUCGGAGAAUGUCAGGAGUUGAAGCGGUUUCCCAGUCUGCAAUCUGCAAUAGCUGUGGCCUCGUAUGAAGCCUUGGAAAAAUUUCGCGAUGAAGGUAGAAAGACAGUCGUAAGACUGGUGGACAUGGAAUCCUCCUAUCUGACAGUGGAUUUUUUCAGAAAACUUCCUCAGGAAGUGGAGAAAGGGGGGAAUCCAGCAACUACUAAAGGGGGAAAUCCAGCAGCUACUCCUGUUGUAGACCGGCAUGCAGAGGGUCACUUUAGGAGGAUUGGUUCAAAUGUAUCAUCUUAUGUAAAUAUGGUGACCGAUACGCUGAGGAACACUAUCCCUAAAGCAGUGGUUUAUUGCCAAGUUAAGGAGGCCAAACAAUCUCUACUAAAUCACUUCUACACUCAAAUUGGGAAGAAAGAGGGCAAGGAACUUGCAGAAUUGUUAGAUGAAGACCCAGCUUUGAUGGAGAAAAGAGUGCAAUGUGCUAAGAGGCUUGAACUAUACAAGAAAGCAAGAGAUGAAAUUGAUUCUGUAUCGUCGGUUCGAUGAGAUUGGGUGCCAGACAUUCUUGUAAAAUAGUGCAAUUCACGGGUUAGAUUACAGUGAUAGUAGUUGCUCCUUGGUCAUCAUUUGACAGCAUAUAUUCUUUGAUUGUAUUAGAAGUUAUCAUCACAAUAUUAGUGGAUUGUUGCUUAAUGACAUGUUUGUGAAUGACUGAGCUACCACAUAUAUUCAUAUGCCAUUUUGUUCCGGCAUCUCCUCUCCAUUUUGUACUAGUACUUUUGAUAUAUAUGUUCUUUUGGUUUCCAUACUA